AAUUUUAUCAGCUGAAUCUAUUUUUACCUUUUAGUAAAAUAUAAUUUAUUUUAUGUACAUGAAAUAAAAUAAAAGAAGUGAAAAUAGAUUCUGAUCGUAUGUGUAAAAAUAGCGCAUCGAAAAUUUGCCAGGACUGGGCAAUCCCGAUAACUCUAGCCACGUCAAGACCGGGAAGAGAGAGCGAGUGGGGUUGUUCGAGUCAGUCGUGGUUCUACUCCAGACCUACACAGACGGGUUUAGUGUACUGACUUGUUUGUUUAGAAUAGCCUAGUGAUUGGUUUGUGUUGUAGUGAAAAAAAAAAUUUAAUAAUAGGAAUCAGAUAUUUACAAACCAAAGAUGGUGAAAGAAGUCGACAUAGGAAAAGUUGUGGAGACUCAGAGAAAGAAUGACAAUAUUGCCGGCCAUGCCAACCUAAAAAAUCUGAGAGCGAGUCUAAAGAAUGUGGUAUGGACAGAUCCACCGGCAGGCCAAGGUGUUGUAGAGUCAAACAGUCAGCUGACCAAUACCACGAAUCUUAAUGACAAUCUGAACACAAAAGUCAACUUCAAGACAGAUUCCAGACUUGGGACAGUUGUAAUUAUAUCGAGUGGCUUAUUAAAAGCACCUGGCAAACAGUUUAAACUAGAAUUGCCAUUGAGUGAUCUCCCAUGUAAAGAACGACAAGAAAUAAUCAACACUUUUGGAAAGCAAUUAAUUAUUAAUCCUACCUUACACACUGAUGACCAAACAACCAAGAUGGAGAUUGAAAUAGAGAGUGGUCACUCGGUCAUUCACUCUGGUUCUGGUGCCACGGGCACGGUCAAGACUACCAGAGGGCACUAUACAGGGCAUUUUAUUGGUGACCUUGAACUCUCAGGUCACGUGAUAUACCGAGGUGAGAUCGACGAACAGAAGAUCGCUCAAAUGAUGGCGGAUCAAGAGGUUGACGGUGUUGAGAUAGACCGGGAGCCUAUAAAACCCACGAAACUCAGAGACACAACAAAUUACGCAACAACGUCUCAAGGUUUGCCGAGUUGUGCUCGUUGGACCGUGGCGGGAACUGUUGAUUUUUAUUUUAAGUUUAGGGAAGAGAUGGAGUGGAAGUAGAUUGUGUUUCUAAUUUUAAGUCGAGUAAAUGGAUGCGGUGGAAUUAGGGAAUUUAAAUUUAAAUUAAGUAGAGUGGAACGAAAGAUUGUCAUAAACACUAUUCAUCCAUGUGGAGAUGAAUGACUGCCCUCCUGAAAACAUGUUUUCAGAUUGGAGAAUCCGUUAUUUUUUAUAUUGAGUACCGUUUACAAUUUGAAAUAUUAAAAUGUAUGAUUGUUUUAAUAUUUUGAAGAAAAAAGAUUUCAAAAUUUUAAUUACAUUUUGUUUAAAUAUGUAUUCAGUUGUUUUAUUUUUAUUUUAGAAGAUUUAAAAUUUUAAGAAGACAGUAUUUUAUAUUAUAGUAAAAGCAAAAAAAAAAUAUAUUUUAAAGAUGUGAAAUUGUAAGAAUGUUUUAUAUUUGAAGUUAGAAAGAAAUAUUAUAUUAACAUUCAUAUGUAAAUAAAAUGUAAAAAAUAAGUAAUAAUCCAUCAGAACUAUUGCAAGUAUACUGUUUAUCUCUAAUAACAAUGGACGUUGUUUCAUGUGUGGUUGAAAAUUAUUUUUUAUACAAUUCAAGAAGCUGAAUCAGAUGAAAAAAAAUGUUUUGGAUAACUUUCCAUUCUUUAGAGGUUUUCAAACCAUUUUACGCUCUAAAUAAGCUACUUUUUAAAAUAUCCCAAAUCUUAUUAAUGCUGUAAUGAUAUUGAGUUCUUCAUUAAUAAUGCGUAAUUGUUAACGCGACGAGCGUUUCAAUGUUGUGUUGUGAAUUCAGCUUUAAAUAAAACAUCAAGCUAGAUUUUAAAAAUAAAUAUGAAGUCUCUUAUCGACCAUGUAUUUGUUUCUUUACUUUCUUUAGUUUAAUAGUUUGUUUUGGUUAAAUGUUGUUUUACCAAUGGUUUUGAAACAAUGUUCAAUACCUGCUCACUC